UUGAGUAAAAAACCCACUCGAUUAGGGUUUGUCGUUCAGAGCGCGAUGUCGACGGGGAAGCCAAAGCAACGCGAGACCCGAUUGGUGGUGGCUGCUACCACGGCGGCGGCAUCGAAAGAAACGCAGAAGGCGUUGGCAGUGGCGACGGCGAAUGGAGGAUCGACGGCGAUCGUUGAGUAUACUCCGCCGGUGUUGCAGCAGGAGGAGGAGGAUCUGGAGGUUAAGCUCCGGAGAAUCCUCGAGAACGUUCCCGUUCGCGUCAGUAACACCUCCGGAAGUUCCGCUGGUUCUGGCUCCGGAGAUUUCCACCAGUACCGGCAAAUGAGACGAAGGGAGCAAGACCGGCUUGCGAGGAUGGAUGCUGACUACCAGAAGCGGAAAGAGUUUGCAGAAUUCAAUAUAAGAAGGGAAGAGAAACUGAAAACCGCAGAGGAAAAGACAGCGAAGAAGCGUUUAAAACGCCAAAAGAAAAAGCAGAGAAAGAAGGAGAAGAAGACUAAACCAAACUCUGAAGGAGGAGAACAACGACAGCCCAAGGAAGAUGUUUCCUCCGACGACAAGGAAGAAGACUCGGGAGACGAGGAUGGAACCGUAGAAUGAGCAAAACUCAAUUCCACAUAUCCAUACUCCAAUGGAAGCUUCCUUUCUGAGAUCGUUAAUCCGGGUAUGAUAGAGGAGUUCAUAGCCAUUUGUUUUGACACAAACCUAGAAUUCUCUUGGAAAGCUCGGGAUCGGAUAUGGGUAAACGGGUUUUGAUCCGUUUGCUUUCCACCACGAUGGAGGAAAUGGCGGCGGCUCAAUAGAGUUAAGGUGCCAUUGUUGUUAUGGAUUUGAGAGCAGGAGGAAGAUGCCAUGUUUUUUAACUUCUCUUGCUUGUUCGUAAGAAAAAAAUAGGUUUUAGGUUACAUAUUUGAUUUGUGUUUGCUCUUUCUGGGUUCCUGUUUUGACUUGUAACUAAAAUUUCUUGCCACAGGAAAAUGACUCAAGAAGAGCUUUUAGUCAUCUACUAUGUUUAUUUUUUAUAUAUAUAUUUUAAUUUUCAAUUUUA